AGGCACACAUUCACUCCUCACACUCUGUCCCUAAACCUUGAAGAAAAGCUUAAACUAUGAAAACCCAAACUUUUUGUCUAGUUUUCCUCUUCAUUUCGGUAGCACAAGGCCUGCAUUCCAAAUGUGACACCCAAGACCAUGGCUCAACCCUCCAAGUGUUCCACAUUUACAGUCAAUGCUCACCCUUCAAACCCUCAAAGCCACUCUCAUGGGAAGAGGAUAUGUUGUCAAUGCUAGCCAAGGACCAGGCCAGGCUGCAAUAUUUGUCCAGCCUGGUGGCUGGGAAAUCUGUGGUGCCCGUAGCUUCAGGCAGGCAGAUUGUGCAAAGUCCAACCUAUAUCGUGAGGGCUAAAAUAGGAACCCCACCUCAAACCAUGCUCAUGGCCAUGGAUACUAGCAAUGAUGCUGCUUGGAUACCUUGUAAUGGCUGCAUUGGCUGCUCUUCUAAGGUUUUUAACACUGCUAAAUCCACCACUUUCAACACCCUUGGCUGCCAUGCAGCUCAAUGCAAGCAGGUACCAAAUCCCACUUGCGGUGGAAGCGCGUGCGUAUUCAACAUGACGUACGGCAGUUCAUCAAUAGCAGGAAACCUGUCGCGGGACACAGUGGUCCUAGCCACAGACCCUAUCCCAAGCUACACAUUUGGUUGUCUCCAAAAGACAACGGGGAAGUCAGUGCCACAACAGGGGCUAUUGGGGUUGGGUAGAGGCCCAUUGUCCCUUCUAUCACAAACCCAACAUUUGUACAAAUCUACAUUCUCAUACUGCUUGCCUAGCUUUAGGUCACCAAACUUUUCUGGGUCAUUGAGACUUGGGCCUAAAGGUCAGCCUAUUAGGAUCAAAUACACCCAAUUGUUGAAGAACCCUAGAAGACCCUCACUCUACUUCGUGAAUUUGAUUGGAAUUAGGGUUGGAAGGAGGGUUGUCGAUAUCCCACCAAAGGCAUUGGCUUUCAACCCUUCCACUGGUGCUGGGACCAUCUUUGAUUCUGGUACUGUUUUCACCCGGCUAGUAGAACCAGCCUACGUAGCCGUCCGGAACGCGUUCCGAAGGCGAGUUAGGGUGGCCAAUGUGACAUCCCUGGGAGGGUUCGACACAUGUUACACGGUCCCCAUCGUGGCGCCCACCAUAACUUUCAUGUUCACUGGCAUGAACGUAACACUGCCACAAGAAAACCUACUAAUCCACAGCACAGCAGGCAGCAUAACAUGCUUGGCAAUGGCGUCGGCACCGGACAACGUGAACUCAGUGCUGAAUGUGAUAGCCAAUAUGCAGCAACUGAACCAUCGUGUGCUUUUCGAUGUGCCCAAUUCGAGGUUGGGCGUGGCCCGUGAGCGCUGCACCUGACCCGACUGGAGGCAGUAAUAGAAUUGUAUCUUCAUAUUUGGGUUUUUAUGAUCAGUUUACUAAUGUUAUGGGCCAUUUAAAAGUUAAGACCAAUCUUUUAAGUUGUCCAAGAAAUUUCAGUUUUAAUAAAUUUUAUGCAUCUCCUUUAUAUUAAUAA